AUGAAAACUCACAUAUUUUUUCUCUCUCUCUCUCUCUCUCUCUCUCUCUCUCUCUCUCUCUCUCUCUCUCUCUCUCUCUCUCUCUCUCUCUCUCUCUCUCUCUCUCUCUCUCUCUCUCUCUCUCUCUCUCUCUCUCCCAGGUGCCCUCCCGACUAUGUGGGCAGCCGGUGCCAGUACCCCAGCCCCUGCCACCCCUCGCCCUGCCGCAACGCAGGCGAGUGUCGGGCCGUCUCCCACGGCAACACCUUUGACUUCCGGUGCGUGUGCCGGCUGGGCUUCACCGACCGGCUGUGUCUGACGCCCAGCAACCACGCCUGCAUGAGCUCGCCCUGUCGCAACGGGGGCACCUGCGACCUGCUCACGCUCACGGCCUACCGCUGCCGCUGUCCCCCUGGGUGGUCUGGUAAGUCCUGCCAGCUGGCCAACCCCUGCGCCUCUAACCCCUGCGCCAACGGGGGGCAGUGCUCCGCCUUCGACUCCAACUACAUCUGCACCUGCCCCGCCGCCUUCAACGGCCAGACCUGCAAGCAGGACGUCAACGAGUGCGCCCAGACGCCGUCGCCCUGCCGCCACGGGGGGGUCUGCGUGAACGAGGUGGGCUCCUUCCACUGCCGCUGCCCACAGGAGUACACCGGCCAGCACUGCGAGACCCCCUACCUGCCCUGCAGCCCCUCGCCCUGCCAGAACGGGGGGUCCUGCACCCAAAAGGGGGACAUCGCCUACGAAUGCAGCUGUUUGACAGGAUUCACAGGUUCAAACUGCGAUCAUAACAUGGACGACUGUCUGGGACACACCUGUCAGAAUGGAGGUGUCUGCGUGGACGGGGUGAACACCUACAACUGCAAGUGCCCACCGCAUUACACAGGCCAGUACUGCACGGAGAACGUGGACGAGUGCGAGCUCAUGCCCAACGCCUGUCAGAACGGCGGUACAUGCCACGACACGCACGGCAGCUACCACUGCGUGUGCGUCAACGGCUGGACGGGCGAUGACUGCAGUGAGAACAUCGACGACUGUGCGAGUGCCGCCUGUUACCACGGCGCCACCUGCCACGACCGCGUCGCGUCCUUCUUCUGCGAGUGUCCGCAUGGACGCACAGGUCUGCUGUGCCACCUGGACGAUGCCUGCAUCAGCAACCCCUGUCAGAAGGGAUCCAACUGUGACACUAACCCGGUCAACGGCAAGGCGAUCUGCACCUGCCCUCCUGGGUACACCGGCUCCGCCUGCAACCUGGACAUCGACGAGUGUUCUCUGGGUGCCAACCCUUGUGAGCAUGGCGGCCGGUGCUUGAACACAAAGGGCUCCUUCCAGUGUAAGUGUCUCCAGGGUUACGAAGGCCCUCGCUGCGAGAUGGACGUUAACGAGUGUAUAUCCAACCCCUGCCACAAUGACGCCACCUGCCUGGACCAGAUCGGAGGCUUCCACUGUAUCUGCAUGCCAGGCUAUGAAGGUGUGUUCUGCCACAUCAACACAGAUGAGUGCUCCAGUAUGCCAUGUCUGAACAAUGGCAAUUGUGUGGACAAGAUCAAUUCCUUCCACUGCGAAUGCCCCAAAGGUUUUGCAGGUAAUCUGUGUCAGGUGGACAUUGACGAAUGCGCCAGCACUCCCUGUAAGAACGGUGCCAAGUGCACAGAUGGGCCCAACAAGUACACCUGUGAAUGCACAGAAGGUUACUCCGGACAGCACUGUGAGACGGACGUGAAUGAGUGCUACUCGGACCCGUGUCACUACGGCACCUGCAAGGACGGCCUGGCCUCCUUCACCUGCUACUGUCGCCCUGGUUACACUGGCCGCCUGUGCGAGACCAACAUCAACGAGUGUCUGAGCCAGCCCUGCAAGAACGGAGGCACCUGCCAGGACAGGGAGAACUCGUACAUCUGUAGCUGUCCCAAGGGCACCGCAGGUUUCAACUGUGAGGUGAAUCUGGACGACUGUAAGAGCAAACCAUGUGACUAUGGGAGGUGCAUCGACAAGAUCAACGGCUACGAGUGUGCAUGUGAACCCGGCUACACAGGAACGAUGUGUAACAUCAACAUCGACGACUGUGCCAUCAACCCGUGUCACAAUCGGGGCACCUGUGUGGACGGCAUCAACAGCUUCACCUGCCUCUGCCCCGAGGGCUACAAUGAUGCCACCUGUCUGUCACAGGUGGACGAGUGCGACAGCAACCCCUGCAUACAUGGCCGCUGUCACGACCUGGUCAAUGGGUACAAAUGUUUCUGUGACCCGGGCUGGAGCGGGCCCAACUGCGACUUCAACAACAACGAGUGUGAGUCCAACCCGUGCAUGAAUGGGGGCCUCUGCAAGGACAUGACAAGUGGCUACCACUGCACCUGCAGAGCUGGAUUCAGUGGACCUAACUGCCAAACUAACAUCAACGAGUGUGCGUCCAACCCCUGCCUCAACCAGGGCACUUGCAUCGAUGAUGUGGCGGGAUACAAAUGCAACUGUUUGCUGCCCUACACCGGGGACAACUGCGAGACCCUGCUGGCCCCCUGCAGCCCCCGGCCCUGCAAGAAUGGUGGUGUGUGCAAGGAGGCAGAGGACUACCAGAGCUUCUCCUGCAUCUGUCCUGAGGGCUGGCAAGGACAAACGUGUGAGGUGGAUAUCAACGAAUGUGUGAAGAGCCCCUGUGGUAAUGGGGCCACGUGCUUCAACACCGUGGGGGGCUACCAGUGCAAAUGCCUGCCAGGGUACUCGGGCCAGAAGUGCGAGACCGACGUGGAUGACUGUAAACCAAACCCUUGCAGUAACGGCGGCCUGUGUCGGGACGGGACCAACACCUUCGUGUGCUCUUGCCUGCCGGGCUUCCGCGGGGGCCGCUGUGAGGAGGACAUCAACGAGUGCGACAGCAACCCCUGUAAGAACGGAGCCAACUGCACCGACUGUGUCAACAGCUUCACCUGCACCUGCCCGGCCGGCUUCAACGGCAUCACCUGUGAGAUCAACGCCAACGACUGCACCGAGAGCUCCUGCUUCAACGGCGGCACCUGUGUGGACGGCAUCAACGCCUUCACCUGCCUGUGUCUGCCUGGCUUCACCGGGAGCUACUGCCAGCACGACAUCAACGAGUGCGACUCCAAACCCUGCGUCAACGGAGGCACCUGCCAGGACAGCUACGGGACGUACAAGUGCACCUGUCAGCAUGGAUACACAGGGGUCAACUGCCAGAACCUUGUGCGCUGGUGCGACUCGUCCCCCUGUAAGAACGGAGGGUCGUGCUGGCAGCAGGGGGCAUCCUACACCUGCCAGUGUCAGACGGGCUGGACCGGCAUCUACUGCGAUAUCCCAAGCGUGUCCUGCGAAGUGGCGGCCAAACAGCAAGGUGUGGAAGUGGCUCUGCUGUGCAGGAACUCGGGCCGGUGCUUGGAUGCAGGGAACACACACUACUGUCGCUGCCAGGCGGGCUACACAGGCAGCUACUGCCAGGAGCAGGUAGACGAAUGUUCCCCCAACCCCUGCCAGAACGGGGCCAGCUGCACCGACUACUUAGGAGGCUACAGCUGUGAGUGUUUGCCAGGUUACCACGGGGUUAACUGCUCAAAGGAGAUCAAUGAGUGUCAGUCCCAGCCUUGCCAGAAUGGGGGUACCUGCAUUGAUCUUAUAAACACCUACAAGUGCUCCUGCCCCCGAGGAACCCAAGGUGUUCACUGCGAGAUCAACCUGGACGAUUGCACCCCCUCCACGGACCCCCUCACCAACGAGCCCAAGUGCUUCAACAACGGCCGGUGCGUGGACCGGGUCGGGGGCUACCAGUGCACCUGCCCGGCGGGCUACGUGGGGGAGCGCUGCGAGGGCGACGUCAACGAGUGUCUGUCGGACCCCUGCGACCCCCGGGGGUCCUACAACUGCAUUCAGCUCACAAACAGUUACCGCUGCGAGUGUCGCACCGGAUACACAGGUCAACGUUGUGACAAAGUCUUUGAUGGUUGCAAGAGCCGACCUUGUAAAAAUGGAGGGACAUGUGCUGUCGCCAGUAACACCCCACAUGGCUUCAUCUGCAAAUGCCCUCAAGGCUUUACCGGAUCGUCCUGCGAGUACGACUCCCAUUCCUGCGGCAGCCUCAACUGCAAAAACGGGGGUACCUGCGUGUCGGGCCACCUUAGCCCCCGGUGCCUGUGCACUGCUGACUUCACCGGGUCCGAGUGCCAGAUCCCCGCCAACAGCCCCUGCAACUCCAACCCCUGCUACAACGGGGGCACCUGCCAGGUCACCUCCGAGGCACCCUUCUUCCACUGUGGCUGCCCCAGCAACUUCAACGGCCUGCUCUGCCACAUCCUGGACUACUCCUUCUACGGCGGGUUUGGCCGCGACAUCACGCCGCCCCCGGAGGUGGAGGUGAGCUGCGAGAUCGCCCAGUGCGACGAGUGGGCCGGGAACCAUAUCUGCGACACGCUGUGUAACAACCACGCGUGCGGCUGGGACGGCGGCGACUGCUCGCUGAACUUUGACGACCCGUGGCAGAACUGCUCGGCCGCGCUGCAGUGCUGGCGCUACUUCAACGACGGCAAGUGUGACGAGCAGUGCAACAGCGCCGGGUGUCUCUACGACGGCUUCGACUGCCAGGGCCAGGAGGGACAGUGCAACCCUCUUUACGACCAGUACUGCAAGGACCACUAUGCCGACGGCCACUGCGACCAGGGCUGUAACAACGCAGAGUGCGAGUGGGACGGCCUGGACUGUGCCAACAACAUGCCCGAGAAACUGGCCGACGGGCAUCUGGUCCUGGUGGUCCACAUCCCCCCGGAGACGCUGAAGAACGGCUCCACUUCCUUCCUCCGAGAGCUCAGCAGUGUGCUCCAUACUAACGUGGUGUUCCGGCGCGAUGCCAAAGGAGAGCCGAUGAUCUUCCCGUAUUACGGCAGUGAGCAGGAACUGGCCAAGCACAACGUGAAGCGCUCCACCGAAGGCUGGCCCGAGUGGGCGGCCAUGCCGACAAACGUCAUGGAUCACAUGAAGGACAGCGUGUCGGCCAUGAUGGGCUCAAGGAGACGCAGGGAGCUGGACCCCAUGCAGAUAAAAGGGUCUGUGGUAUACCUGGAGAUUGACAACCGUCAGUGCUACCAGCAGUCCACCGAGUGUUUCCAGAGUGCAACAGACGUGGCGGCCUUCCUCGGUGCACUGGCCUCCAGUGGCAACCUCAACGUGCCGUACAUUGAAGCCGUCACCAGCGUGAGGCCUGUUCCCAUCUCCUCCGAGCUCUAUCCGAUGUACGUGGUGUUCCUGGGCCUGGCGGCAUUGGGCUUCAUUUGCCUCGGUGUGCUGGUUUCACGCAAGCGGAGCAGGGAACACGGCCAGCUAUGGCUGCCGGAGGGCUUCAAGGUGUCCGAACCCAUCAAGAAGAAGCGAAGGGAGCCCGUCGGGGAGGACGCAGUCGGACUUAAGCCAAUGAAGAUAUCUGACAUCAACCUUAUGGAUGACAAUCAGAACGAAUGGGGCGACGAGGAUCCAGACUGCAACCGCUUUAGAUUUGAAGAGCAGGCCAUGUUGGAUCUCAGUGACCACACUGACCACAGGAAAUGGACCCAGCAACACCUGGACGCCGCAGACCUGCGCAUUGCCUCCAUUGCCCCGACUCCUCCUCAAGGAGAGAUAGAGAACGACUGCAUGGACGUUAACGUUAGAGGACCUGAUGGCUUCACCCCCCUGAUGAUCGCCUCCUGUAGCGGUGGAGGUCUGGAGACCGGCAACAGCGAGGAAGAAGAGGACCCCUCCGCCGAGAUCAUAUCAGACUUCAUCUACCAGGGAGCCAACCUGCACAACCAGACGGACCGCACGGGCGAGACGGCGCUCCACCUGGCCGCGCGCUACGCCCGCUCCGACGCCGCCAAGCGCCUGCUGGACUCCAGCGCCGACGCCAACGUCCAGGACAACAUGGGACGCACGCCACUCCACGCCGCCGUGGCUGCCGACGCCCAGGGAGUGUUUCAGAUUCUGAUUAGAAACCGUGCCACAGACCUGGACGCCCGUAUGCACGACGGCACCACCCCUCUGAUCCUGGCCGCACGGCUGGCGGUGGAGGGCAUGGUGGACGAGCUCAUCAACUGCCACGCCGACGCCAACGCCAUCGACGACUCGGGUAAAUCUGCUCUUCACUGGGCAGCAGCUGUUAACAACGUGGAGGCGGCCAUUAUGCUGUUGAAAAAUGGUUCCAACAAGGACAUGCAGAACAAUAAGGAAGAGACACCUCUGUUCCUGGCAGCCAGAGAAGGUAGUUUUGAAACAGCCAAGGUCCUGUUGGAGCACUUUGCUAACCGUGAGAUAACCGACCAUCUCGACCAGCUGCCAAGAGACAUUGCCCAAGAGCGGAUGCACCACGACAUAGUCCGCCUUUUAGACGAGUACAACCUGGUGAGGAGUCCGGGUCUUCACAGCGGCCCCAUGAGCACAUCCAGCCUGUCCCCUCCCCUCUGCUCCCCCAACAACUACAUGGGCAACCUCAAGCCCUCCCACCAAGUAAAGAAGGUACGGAAAAUCAGCUCCACUGGAAAAGGAGGCAAAGACGGAGGCAAAGAGAUGAAAUCAAAGAAGAAGAAGUCUCUUGAUGGAAAGGGCAACCUGCUGGACUCCUCUGCGGUCCUCUCCCCAGUCGACUCUCUUGAGUCCCCCCAUGGUUACCUGUCGGACGUGGCCUCGCCUCCCAUGACCUCUCCCUUCCAUCAGUCGCCACCCAUGAGUCUCAAUCAUCUGCAGGGCAACGGAGACUCCAUGAUGGGCCAGAUGAACAUGGUCAAAGGCCAGGAUAUGAACGGCCUGUCUUUUGAUCCCAACCCUCCGCGUCUCUCUCACCUGUCGGUGUCCAGCCCCAACAACCAAGCCUCUAUAGGUGGCGCCCGAGGAGGCCAGUGCGAUUGGAUGUCCAGGAUGCACAUGGGUGUCGGACAACAGGGAAGCAUGAGCCAGGGUCCGUCCAUAUCCCACAGCAUCAUCGGUCCUCUACACAGUGUCCCCACUGCCACGCUGUCCCAGAUUAUGGGCUACCAGGGUCUUCAGACCAGCCAUCUCGGUCAAUCACACAUGAUGCAGCAGCAAGCUCAUUCUCGGCAGCUCCAGCACCAGAACUCCAACUCCACCUCCAAUGGCGGCCAGCCGAUGAACCAGAGUUUCCUCAGCAUGGAGUUGAAUGCGUCAGAUAUGCAGCAAAACAAUGGGUCGGGUCACUCGAUGCCCAUCCACACCAUCAUACCCCAGGAGACCCAGAUCAUGGGAAACCAGUUCCUCACACCCCCCUCCCAGCACAGUUACUCUGGCCCAAUGGACAAUACACCCAAUCAUCAGCUACAGGUGCCUGAUCACCCCUUUCUUACUCCAUCCCCUGGCUCCCCCGACCAAUGGUCAAGCUCCUCUCCGCAUUCCAACAUGUCUGAUUGGUCAGAGGGCAUCUCUAGCCCUCCCACAAGCAUUCAUUCUCAGAUGAAUCUCAUCCCAGACCAGUUUAAGUGAAGACUUUUGUUUGAAAUUGACGCAACCUUAUCUGAGGGGAAAAACAUUUACAGAGGAAUUGUGAUAAACCUCAUGAAAGACUGAAGAUUCUCAUUUUCUAUACAUUUUUAUACUAACAGCAAUAACGGUUUAAGUAAUUUUGUAUUUAUUUCUACUUUUUUUUCAAAUGGAUUAUAAAGAAGAUGGUUUUAUAUUUAUGCUUUUGUUAUUUUUGUUGUGUGAAAAACUGGGAAAUGACUGACAGGAGUGUCAAAUAGGGACUCCUAGAUGUUUAAACACUGGGUAUUUAUUGGUGUCUUUUGUUGGUUGUUAUAUUCACUGGAUUUUAUUUUUAAGUCUUUUUUUUCGUUAAUUCAAAAAUCUUGACAAUUGCAUUGUCCGAGUUUGUUUGUACAAAGCUUUUUCUUUCUUUCAUUCAACUUUUAUAGAUUUUUGUUCAAAUGUCAGUAUUAAUUGAUACGUUUUAAACCAUGUUAUUUUAAAACCCAAACAAGUUUCGUUCACGAACUACCGCUCACUAAGUCUUAUCACUGAGUUUGUGUAAGAAGGUAAAAGACAAAAUAUGUUGAAGAAAUAUAUAUGGCAUUCCUGGUAACACCACUAAUAAGCAAAUCUGCCUUUUUUGCUGGUAGAAAAUAUAGCUCAGAGCAGAUUGUAACCAGGUUGUUGUUCAUAACAUUGGACAUUUGGGACCAGAUGAAAAAAGGAUCAUACCAAUUUUGAUCCAAACACAAAUAUAUAUAUAAUGUGCCUCAAGUUUAAAAGUUACAUUGUUAUUACAUAGCAAAUGAACCUCAGCCGACCUCAGCAAUGGCCAUUUUGCUUAUUUAAUGAACUAUGGAUGUGCAUCUCUUUCUCCCAUAUUAUGUCCGAAAUGACUGAUCACAGGUAGCAUUGCAAACUUAGUAUUAACGAAAAUGUGACAUUGGUCAAGAGAUUUCAUAUGUAAUGUGUAUGGCAGUUUACAAAUAUGUUGAAUUUGAGAACCUAAGACAAUGUAUUGAGAUUUUCCUAUAAAAGUCCCUUCCUAAACGGAGGACAUGAUGUACGUUUGUCAAAGAAAUGGACGUUCAAAUGACAUCACCUGCACUUUGUUGGGAGUGCAGGGGGAGCGGGAUGUAAUGCAGCCACACACAAACACACACAGACGUACGCACAGGCACACACACACACACACACACACACACACACACACACACACACACACACACACACACACACACACACACACACGUACGUACAUAGAUACAUAAGCAAAACAUAUGACCUAUGCCUUAGACUUCAGUUAUGCUAUAAGCUUUUUGGUGUGCCAUCCCAAGAUUGUAACUGGCCCCCAUUUGCCACUGGAGGCACCACUGAUACAGACAAGAGAAAAUGUUUGAAGAUGUAAUUUAUUGUUGGAUGUCCGUGCAAAUUUGCAAUUUGCGAAACAUAUUUCCUGCUUCAAAAUGCCUUGUAAAAAAACGUCAAUAUUUCAAUAAAGAACACUGUUUAGCUUUAA